AUGGCUGGAAACAAUAGCUUCAUGACCACCUUAUUGGCCCUCCUUGACGACGACAAGUACACAAAUGAUGUCCCGAGCCAGCCACCAUCCAGCAUGGAACUAGUUGAUGUCAAGUAUUACUUGUCUGUCAUCGAGGAAAUCCUCGACGCAGCCACGGCCGUUGCUGAGAACACUCAGCCAAAGGGUAACCAGGUUCAGAGCAAAAGCUCAACCUUGACUUCCAAGGGAAUUUCUGCUUCUUUGUCAUCCACAAUCAACGAAUUGUGUUGUCAGAUUACUUGCAAGGCCCAGCACACCAACGAUGUGCGCCAAACAAUGGAGUCGCUUCUCGGCCAGUUAUCGGCCUUUUCAUGGGAUGCUAAGGCUGUGCUGACACUGUUAGCUUUAACGGUGCACUAUGCCGAGAAAUGGCAUCUCGCCCAAAUCGAAGAAUCGGAUGUCCUUUUCAGGUUAACGGGUAUAUUGAAAGGGUCGCUUGUGAUUGGUAAGUCCUUGAACACGCAGCAGCGGGCCGAGGCUUUUAUGGUAUUUAACUAUCUGAUUAGGGACACUCUGAAGUUCACCCGGUACAUUGUUGAGAACGACUCCAAAGGUUUCAGAGAGUUCGCGGCAUCGAUCAGCAUAUCAGGAUAUUUUAAGUUCAUCAUCGUAAUCGUGCUUGGCUGCUCAGUUCAGUUCAGCGGCAUGAUCAGCACGGGCAAUGAGUUCCUAGAGCUAGAUCUGUCGCCCUUCUUCAACCGCGUCACGAAGAGAUACGAAGUCUUUAUGGAAUAUGUCAAAAUAUACGAGCGAGAGAACGAGAAACUUCAGUAUAAGAGAAUCAAGGAACUUUACAGAUCUCCUGCUGGUAUUCUGAAGCUCGUGGCUGAAAUGUUCUGCACUGAGAAGGAUUCGCCGACAGUUUAUCAUUGCAUUAAGAAGACAACGGUAAAGGUGGAGGAGCUGCAGAGCAAGAACGUGAUGCUGCUUAUCUCAGAAUUGAACUUGUCAAACGACGAUUUUGCAAUGCUUACCGCCAUCUACAAAGCAAGCGCCUUCAAAUCAAGUAAUUACGAAAUUCUGUGGGUUCCUAUCGUGGACGAAAAAGACAGAGAGCAGUUCCUGAAGAAGAGAUCUCAGAUGACCUGGUACUCGUGCAACUCCAUCGUAAGCAAGGCAGCAGCAAAGUUCAUCAGGAAGCAUUGGCAAUUUAAGCAGCAGACGAAGCUUGUCGUGUUGAACCCAGAGGGGAAACUGGUGAACAUGGAGGCAAUGGCAAUGAUACGUCUUUGGCAAUCGGAAGCCUUUCCGCCCACGUCGCAGAGGGGCUGGGCACUCUGGGAAAAGCACAGGAACAACUGGCUCAAGCUUGUGGUGGACACCGAUCUAAGCUGGGAAAUGAAGCCGCUCAUAUUCUUGUGCGGCUCAGCUGAAGACUCCAAGAUUGUCGAACAGAUUGACGACAUCCUGAACAGUAAACUUGCCGCCUACAACAUCAAAUUCUUGAACAUCAACACCAAGAGAAAGCAAUUCCUAUCUCGCCUUGAAAGCUGCAUAGCCUGGAAGAUGCAGGCGAAUAAGGAGAUGCCUGAUCCCCUGACGCUGGAGCUGCUCGAGCUCUACACCAGCUACAAGAAGCAAAGUGGGUUCGCCAUUGUCGCGAGGGGGUCGAGCGUGAUCGUCAACACUACUCUCACGGAUCUCUGGAAAGUGCUGUCGGAGCACAGGUUGUGGAUCAAGAAGGAUACCAACAGAGACAAUUUUGAGACCCACUUCCAAGCGUACUACAAGGCGGUCAUACUCAUGCCGCAAUGCUACCAAUUCUCUAUCCCGGACAUGGUCGGUGACAUACCGGAGUGCAUCAAGUGUCCCACUACCAAUUGCACUCGGAAGAUGGAGACGGUCGUCACCUUCAAGUGCUGCCACGGGGCGCAUUGACCAGCCAAUAACGCUGCCAAGCCCAACGCCUUCGUUUGGCUCUCCAGAAUAAACACGGACUGCUUAGCUCAGUCACGUUUUCUCGUCGUUUCUUUCCUUUCCAGUUUGAUAGUGCUUUUUAUUAUGUGUGGUUGGAGUAUGUAACAGGGUUGUGCUUGUGCUGUCCACAGCUCGAUGUACCGUGCGUGCAGAUACUGCGUGCAAUGAAGAAAAAUGUAACAGGGUUGUAUGCACAACUUGAUGUACUGUGCAUGAAGACUCUGUGCCACGAAUAAAAGUUUU